GAACCCAAAAUUAUAUUUGCACAUUCAAGUUUAAACCAUGGCCGUUAAAUAUUUGAUAACUUUAACGAUCGUUUUACUCCUGGGCGUUGUAUGCGCCCGAGACUUAAAUUUAGCAUCGAAAUUAAAAGUUGAUCCUGGUAUUUUUAUAUCUUUGAAAACAUUACGACGCCUCGAAGCGGAAACUAAGAAAAAUGGAACCGAAGGCAGCGUUAUUUUGAAUACUACACCUGCCGAUAAUUUAGAUAAGGUUGAUGAUAGUGUUGAAAUUAACAUAUCCACUACAAACACUCCAGAUUAUGAAAACAAUACAACUUCAAAGGAUCUGAAUGAACUUGACGAGACUAAUGAAACAACUAGUCAUGAUGUUGUUGAAAACCAAACGGACAUACCAUUGGAUUCUAACGAUACAAAUACAGACGCGGGCAUAGACAAACCUGUCACUUCAAUUCCAAAUGUAAGCGAAACUACAAAAAAUCCAGGUAAAAAUCAACAAUCGUUUCAAGUUCACCAAAAUAUACAAUGGAAUGUACCACAAUUUCCAUAUGGUACGGAUCAAGGUUAUUAUCAACAGAAUCCAUAUCAGCAAAUGUCAUUUGGCGAUGUAAAUAACCCGCAAACUCUUGGAUACCUUAACAUGAAUCGAGUAUUAUUUAAUCAACAAUUACCGUAUUCGCCAAAUCCUGAAGCAUCGAAUCCUGACCAACACCACCACCAAACCUUCCUGGGACAGUAUCAUUAUCCAGUCAUCAAUCGAGCAUCUAAUCGACAAAUGAAUCUAAUAUCAUUAAAUCCCAUUUCUAUGCCCUUACCAUAUCAACAGAUGUACCAACCAGUUGGAAGGAACUAAUUUUGUAAUGUUAAUAAAAUAAAGUUUAAUAAUUAUUAUUUUA